GACUCGUCCAACAAGUCGAACGAAGAAGACCAGCCUCUGCCUCUGCCUUUUCGCAACAGUCGAGUAGUAGACAACCUUCUCAAGCUCUCGGUCCAGUCUUUUUCUCUUUCUCUCUCUGAGUUUCAGACUUUCAGAUUCAGCCUCUCAUCUCAAGUCUCAACCUCAGUUCUCUCUGUGUCUCUGACGCUGCGAGCAAGCAAGGGAAGAAGGCUUCAAAGCUCCUUCUCAUCGAAGCAUCGACGACCAUUGACAGCAGAGAUGUUGUGGUAAUUAAACAAUCGGAAUGAGGAAGUUGAAGGUGGUUUGGAGUAAAGUGUAUGAUUACGUACGUUAUGAUCUGAAAGAAAUUGCAUUCCCUUCAUCUUUGCCUGAUCCACCUCAUAUCAAAAAGCGUCGAAAAUUAACGUGGAAGGAGCGGUAUCUUGUGUUGAAAGAAGCAUCUAGGCUUUAUGCUGCUAGUUGGGUAAGGGAUAUUGGUCCUGAUCUUCGGCCAAAUGAUUAUAAGAAGGAGGACAAAAGUGAAGGCAAGCCUAAUGGAGUAAAUGGUGCAGCUAAAGAUAGAGAACCCUCCAUGUUAGAGGAUCUUGCGGUGGCUGCAAGGGGUGGGAUGGAGACACUAAAGCCAGCUUUGCAGCGUGUGUACAUGACAAGAGCAUCUGCAUAUAAAGAUGCACUUAAAAGUUUCAUAGAAGGGUAUCAAGAAGGUAUACAACGAGUCAUGGAGAAGAAGGAAAAUUUUAAAUCUCAGAAGGAAGAGGAUUCCCCAAAAUGAUCAAUUUGAACAGUCUAAAUGGAAUUUCCUCAAUUGUCACAAGAUAUACAGCUUUGAUUUAAUGCUUUUUCUGGGGCUUUUUCUGGGAAUAUAUAAGUUGUGGUUUUUAUAUUGUAAACAAAAUAUCAAUGCUAAGCAGGAUCUGCUGUGUAUACAUCAUCCAUUUCCUGUAAUGAUUUGUGCUAACAUAUGAUUUGGGUUUUACAUCUGUUGCACUUCCUAUAUGUUAUGUGCUUUUUUAUGCUUGCAAAUAGAAGUCAUCUGAAAAAAAAGUUGUUGAACAAUCACAACAGAUACACUUUGCUAAUAAA